AUGCUAACCGCAUUUGUGUUAUUAACACUAUGUAAUCUGACGGCGGCAAACCUACUGAUGCCGGGAAUAUAUGACGAAACUAUUGAAGUUCAAGAAGGAAAAUAUCAAUUAAUUGGAGUACCACAAGCAGCACUAAACGGAACUUAUGUACAGUUAGAGUUUUCAUGUGAUCCAGAAGUCGACCUUCAAUUUGAGGUCGAAUACGUUUUGCGAUCCUCGCCAUGCGACAAGGAGUUUUUCAACACUCAUGAACAACAGAAACGUCAGAAUUUGCAAUUCUACUUCAAUGAAUCGAACUACAAUCGUAUUCCUGAUACGUUUGAUUACCAACAAAUAGUCUAUUACAAAUCGCCUUCUCAACUAGUUUCGUGCAAAGAAAACCAAGGACGAUUUCUUUUCCCCAAUGCGAGCUCACCGAUGACAUUUCAGAACGUUACAAGAGUUCAUUUAGGGCGUGUCAAACGUUCUGCGCUAGCAACAUUUCAUCCAACACAAUCAAUUCCCCUCGAUGGCAUUUAUUUCAUGAUAAUCAAGAUUACUGGAAAGAAAUUCCCUCAGGAUGAGUUCGCCAAUAAGAAUGUGACAAUUUCUGUUCAAUGGAAAGCCCCAUAUGGGUUCCUCUCUGCGAUUGAUUGGCCUCUUCUCCGCUUCUACAAGGUGAUGUGCGUCUUCUAUUCCACACUCGCACUUAUUUGGCUCUAUCUUUGCAUUAAAUACUAUCGAGAUAUUCUGAGAAUUCAAUACUGGAUUGGUGUUGUUAUUAUCCUCGGAAUGAUUGAAAAGGCAUUCUUCCUUUCCGAAUACUCUUCGAUGAACGAUAGUGGAAAGAGUCUUGAUGGAAUUAUUGAGGCUGCUGAAAUUGUCUCAUGUGCUAAAAAGACAAUGUCGAGAGUGCUCGUUAUCAUAGUAUCCGUUGGGUAUGGUGUUGUUAAGCCAAGGUUGGGAGCCACACUGAAUCAAGUAGCUGGAGUUGGCCUAGUUUAUUUCAUUUUCUGCUCAAUUGAAGGGAUCGCAAGAGUUUCCAAGAAUUCUGUCGAAGCUACGAAGCAAAAGCAAUUCGCAGCUCUUCCAUUGGUCAUCACCGAGAUGAUAAUCUUUUAUUGGAUUUUCACUUCACUUACCGCCACUAUAAGAAUGUUGCGUUUAAAACGAAACGAGAUAAAAUUGAACGUGUAUCGCCACUUCACAAACACAUUGGUCUUUGCUGUUUUGUCUUCAGUUGUUUUCAUGAUUUGGAGUAUGAUCUACCACAUCUUGCCGACAUGCAGAGUUGAUUGGAAGGAAUUAUGGGUCGACACUGCUUUCUGGCACGUCUUGUUCUGUAUAAUUCUUGUUGUCAUCAUGAUUCUAUGGCGUCCGUCGCAAAACAAUCAACGUUAUGCCUUCACCCCUCUUCUUGAUGAUAGCGAGGAUGAGAACGACCAAGAUGAACUAUUCAACGCAUUCUCUCCUGGAUAUGACUUGCUGACUGUGAGAAACUCUGGAGCCGGAGCUGAAAAUCGUAGGCAACGUGAAGCGGAGAAGGAGCAGGAAAGAAAGGAUGAUGCGAUCAAGGAAGACUUGAAAUGGAUUGAAGAAAAUAUUCCAACUACUAUUGCGGAUACAUUAUUGGGUGGCCUAGAAGAUCCAGAAGAGCUGGAAUCCCGACAGCUCGAAGUUCAUAUUAAGAUAUCCGAAACGAGACAUUCUGCCCUCUGCUGCGUUCGCACCACUGAAGUCAGUGAUUCAAACAACACUAGUGACACGUAUACCACAUACGACGAGGAUAGUGCUCAGACUUCAAACACACAGAUUCUAGAAUGGCUAUUGGAUCCGAAACCUGGACAGAGAAUGUUGCAUCUGAAACAGAUGAUCAAUUGUCAAGAAAUCCAAUGCAAAGAGAUCUUAGAUGGCGAAUCAACAUGCACGUCACAUUUUUUGUGCGGUGAAGAAGUUAAUAUUCGAGGCCAGAAUAUGGUUAUUGUGGAGCGAUUGGGGACAGGUUCGUAUGGAACAGUCUACAAAUUCUUCAAUGAAGCCAAACAGAAUUUCUUUGCCGCUAAAAUGUUCCAAGUUCGUGACUUUGAAGGAUUCGUAGCUGAGUAUUCCAAAUUGCGUCUUCUGAACUCUUAUGCGAAGAAAGCCAAAAAGACCAACAUCGUUCAUUUGCUGGACUAUUUCGUUCUCAAUUUGCAUUGCUUCAUGAGCAUGGAAUAUCUUCCGUUCUCAUACACGAUUGUUCGGAAGAACUGGAACCUCCUCGAUGUUUUUAUCAUCCGACGCUUGUUGUUCCAGCUCAUCGAUGGCAUUGUGUUCUACUCGUCUUAUCCGUUCUUCUUGGUUCACGCCGAUUUAAAAUCGAGGAAUGUGAUGCUUAGAGGAACUUGCUUCGAGAAUUUUCAAGUGGUGAUAGUCGAUUUUGGUAUGGCGAACAUGGCGCACACGUUCACCCAUCAUCACAUUCAAACGCUUGGAUACCGUGCUCCGGAAGUGGCAUUUCGUUUCCCAUUCUACACCAACAUCGAUAUGUUCAGUUUCGGUAUUAUGGCACUGGAGACAUAUUGCGGAGGUAACAUCUUUGCGGCAAAGAACGAGACCGAAAGCAUUGCUUUUAUGGAGCAUGUUUUGGGUCCAUUCACAUUCUUCCGUGAACGCUGUCCUGAUAAAUUAUUCUUGAGAAAGUUAAAUAAUAGUGCUAUGCGUAUUCCGCCAAGUUUGACAUUGAAAGAGAUUUUUCAAAUUUAUGUGCCAGAGGAAGAAGAAAAAAGAGAAGCUGAAGUUCAACUUUAUGAUUUGAUCGCCAAAUCAUUGGAGGUGGAUCCAAUGGCUCGUCUCACACCCAAGGAUGCUUACAACCAUCCAUUCUUUGCACCAUUGAGAAACGUUUAA